CACAGAGAGUCUAGAGUAUUUUCUCCGUGGUGAGUCCAGCAUGAGGAAUCUUGAAGAAAUGCAGCUCUCAGGGGAUCUGAUGGCCCCCAGGGGUGAUAGCAAUGAAGGCCUGUCACUCCUGUAAAGGGUCCUGGGUUUGUCUCAUGGGCCCUCCAGUGGGGGAAGGCCCAUUCUGGGCUUGAGAUACAGACUUUGCUGAGAACAGGACUAACAUAUCUCUUGUCUCAAGACCAACCCCUUCCUCUGUCUUGAACUUCUACCCAUCAAAGUCCUCUUCUAGAUGAAAACGAUGCCACAGAUGAUCUUGUCUUAUUUGAACACAGAAAGCUGAGAAGAAACAGACAAGCCUGAAAAAUGAACCUUGUGAGGCAGCUGAACAAGAAGAUGCUAAAGGGGAAGAUUUCAAGAUGCUAAAAGGUGCUUUCUGUGAAGUCUGGGAGUCGUGAGGGUCAUGGCAUCGCCCUUGCACAGCAUUCGGCUGCCUUUGGAUGGUGAUCUGCUGUUGAUGCAGAAUGGGUCGAUGCUACGCAAGGUCAAAUCCCGAAGUUGGAAGAAACAGAGAUACUUCAGACUCCAGGAUGAUGGAAUGACCGUUUGGUACGCCCGGCAGGCUGGUGGAAGAACCAAACCUAGCUUCUCCAUUUCAGACGUGGAGACAGUGCGAGAGGGCCAUGAAUCAGAACUGCUCCGGAGCUUAGCGGAUGAAAUCCCCCUGGAGCAUGGCUUCACCGUUGUUUUCCAUGGGCGCCGCCCCAACCUGGACCUGGUGGCAGGCAGCAUUGAAGAGGCACAGAGCUGGGUGCAAGGGCUUCGGCACCUGCUGGAGAUUAUCACCAGCAUGGACCAGCAAGAGAAAAUGGACCAAUGGCUGAGUGAUUGGUUUCAGCAGGGGGACAAAGACCAGGAUGGUAGAAUGAGUUUCCGGGAGGUGCAGCGAUUACUACGGUUGAUGAAUGUAGACAUGGACCCUGAGCAUGCUCUCCAGCUCUUCCAGGCUGCAGACAAGUCAGAGUCAGGGAUGUUGGAAGGCGAGGAAUUUGUGGAGUUCUAUCGGGCCCUCACCCAGCGCUCAGAGAUCCUGGAGCUGUUUGAAAUCCUCUCAGGGGAUGGCCAGAAGUUGACGCUGCUGGAGUUUGCAGAUUUCCUUCGUGAAGAGCAGAAAGAGGGAGACCAGGCUUCUGACCUCGCCUUGGAACUGAUUGCUCGCUAUGAGCCGUCAGACAGCGGGCUCCUGAUGUCAUUGAUGCCUCCCUGUGCUACACUGUGUUUUCAUCACCUUACCAUGCUAUAUGAAUCCAAAUUGCGGCAUGUCCUGACCAUAGAUGGUUUCCUUGCUUACCUCUGUUCCCGGGAUGGAGACAUCUUCUCUCCAGCUUGCCGACCUGUCUACCAGGACAUGAGCUAUCCACUGAAUCACUACUUCAUUCACUCCUCACACAACACUUAUCUACUGGGAGACCAGCUUCGAGGACAGAGCAGUGUAGAAGGCUACAUACGGGCUCUGAAGCGGGGAUGUCGCUGCGUGGAAGUGGAUGUAUGGGAUGGACCCAGCGGGGAACCAAUUGUUUACCACGGACACACUCUGACUUCUCGGAUCCCCUUCCAAGAUGUCGUGGCUACAAUUGCCCAGUAUGCCUUCCAGACAUCAGACUUCCCAGUCAUAGUGUCCCUGGAGAAUCACUGCAGCUGGGAACAACAAGAGGUCAUUGCCCAGCACCUGACGGAGAUCCUGGGAGAGCGACUGCUCAAUACCACCUUGGAUGGUCUCCUGCCCACCCAACUGCCAUCACCAGAGGAGCUUCGAGGGAAGAUUCUCCUGAAGGGGAAGAAGAUGGGGACACUUGAGGAGGAGCUUGGGGAGGCUCCAGGGGACUCUGAGGAACUGGAAGAGCCUGAAGAAGAGGAGGAGCCCGAGCCAGAACUGGAGCCUGAUGUGCUGGACUUUGAUGAGACGGCCCGAAACGAGGACAAGAGGAAAAAGAAAGUGGGGCUUGAGAAAUCCAAGACCACCCUGUGCCCAGCCCUAUCGGCCCUGGUUGUUUAUCUGAAGAGUGUUCCAUUUCGAAGUUUUGCACACUCGAAGGCUCACUACCGCCUCUAUGAGACGUCGUCCUUCUCUGAGGCAAAGGCCCGGCGCCUGGUCAAGGAGGCCGGGAAUGAAUUUGUGCAACACAACGCCUGGCAGCUGAGUCGGGUGUAUCCCAGCGGCCUGAGGACAGAUUCCUCCAAUUACAGCCCUCAGGAGCUAUGGAAUGCAGGCUGCCAGAUGGUGGCCCUGAACAUUCAGACUGCGGGGCUGGAGAUGGACCUUUGUGAUGGGCUUUUUGGUCAGAACGGUGGUUGUGGCUAUGUGCUGAAGCCAGCUUUUCUGUGUGACCCCCAAAGCUCCUUUCACCCCGAGAGGCCACCCAGUCCCACUCUGACUCUCCUCAUUCAGGUGAUCAGUGGGCAGCAGCUACCUAAGGUGGCCAACAGCAAAGAAGGCUCUAUUGUGGAUCCCCUGGUUCGGGUAGAAAUUUACGGAGUGCCAGGAGACACAGCCCGGCAGGAGACCAGCUACGUGGAGAACAAUGGUUUUAACCCCUACUGGGGGCAGACACUGCAGUUCCGGGUGCGAGUACCAGAACUUGCCCUCCUACGAUUUGUGGUGGAAGAUUAUGACAGGGCAUCAAGAAAUGACUUUGUUGGUCAGUACACAGUGCCUUGGACCUGCGUCCAACAAGGUGAGCCUGCCUGUCUAACCUUUCAAGCCUCAGCCUCUCAGCAGAGCCUGACCCCAAGCCUAGCUAAGGGACAGGGUUCUUCCUGCACCACGCCCACACCGGUCUUUCCUCCUCUCUCAGGUUAUCGUCACAUACAUCUUCUCUCCAAGGACGGUACAAGUCUCCAUCCUGCUUCCAUUUUUGUGCACAUCCAGAUGCGGGAGGAGCUGGGUGAGGACGGAGACUGAGUGAGAAGCAUCAGCAGUUUAGGUCUCAGCUUCCCCGGCCAUUUGCUUCUUUCCCGGUUAUUGUCAUGCCACCAGAAUCCCUGUCCUCUUGCUCUCCCUGGAAGCUGCUCCUU